AUGGCUGCCGUUGCCACAAGUGUCGUUCCCUUGCUUGCGGACCGUCCGAUCAAAAACACGAUCGUGCUCUUCGAUGUCGACGGCACCCUCACACUUGCUCGCCAGUUCGUCAAACCCGAAGUCCUUCAAGUCCUCUCUGCCCUCCGCCACAAAGUCGCCAUUGGAUUCGUCGGCGGUUCCGACCUCGCGAAACAGCAAGAGCAGCUCGGCACUUCGUCUAUUCCAGUCACCAACCUUUUCGACUUCUGCUUCUCAGAGAAUGGCUUGACUGCAUUUCGAAUGGGUCAGCCGUUAGCCAGCACCAGCUUCAUUAAAUGGAUUGGCGAGGACCAAUACAAAAAGCUGUCUUCCUUCAUCCUCCACUACAUCGCAGAUUUGGACCUUCCGUUCAAGAGAGGCACAUUCAUCGAGUUCCGCAACGGAAUGAUCAACGUCAGUCCCGUGGGCCGUAACUGCAGCAUUCCGGAGCGAAUUGAGUAUGAGAAAUUCGACCUCGAGCACAAGAUUCGCGAAAAGUUCAUCGAGGCGAUCAAAAAUGAAUUCCCCGAUCUCGGUUUGACCUUCUCGAUCGGUGGCCAGAUUUCAUUCGAUGUCUUCCCCCAGGGUUGGGACAAGACAUACUGCCUCCAGCACAUCGCCGCAGAAAAGGAGCAGCCCGGCGGCGUCGACUACACCACCAUCCACUUUUUCGGCGACAAGACCUACAAGGGCGGCAACGACUACGAGAUCUACGAGGACCCGCGAACCAUUGGUCACUCGGUCACGACGCCCGACGACACUAUUGCCGAGUUGCGCAAGCUAUUCGAUGUCUAA